AGCUCAGAUCAGAGGUUGCACUAUACCCCACCCACUCGUUCGGAUAUCUCACCCUCACCGCUGACAGUAGCAACACAUUUUACGACUACGGGACGACGAGGCAUCCAUGUCCGACAAACGCAGAGCUGAGAUCGAGGCCAAACGCGCCAAGCUUGCCGAACUUCGCAAGGCCCGGGCAGAUCGCCAGAAGGCAGAGACGGAGCGUAGGCAGUCCGAGAUUGCGGGCCCCUCGACCGCUGCCCGCCGUGAUGUCGACGACCUCAUUUUUUCUCUCGUCGGACCCACGUCGCCUGGCCGUCCACCGCCUUCUGAUAACCUCAGCGGCGACGCGACACCUAGUUCGUCUGUCCCAGGUACUCCUCCACGCCCUACAUCAUCCCUUCAUGCUCUUCUUUCAGCUUCGGGGCGUGUCAGCAGACAGAGCGAUGUUGCGUCGGACAGGUACAGUCUCGGCACGACGAUGGUGGGCACUGCGAAUUCAGGGACGGACCAUGUUGUCGAUAGGAUCAUGACACCGCGAUACGUGCCUGACCUUGUGGAUGUUGAGCAGGAGUUGUUUGAGCUGCCACAACGGGAGCGUGUCAUAUACAACAAAGAAGUGCAGACAACAGCAGUGGAUACCGAGACGAGUACAGCACAAGACGCGGAAGAUCAACUUCGAGCGGUAUUUCAGCGUGAGCGAGAUGAAAUCGAUCGUGUCCGUGCGCGAGAGCGGGAGCUGGAGGAAGAAAGCGAAGCACUCGAUCGCGAGAUUGAGGAUGAAAUACGGGAUUUGACGGAGGAUGAACGGGCAGCAAUUGUUGGCGAGCCCGAACUACGUGACUUCGUCGACUGGUCAUCUCGCAUAUUCGGUCGUAUAUUGAGCAGUGGAUAUGACUAUAUCCGUGACUACACAAGUGGUGCUGAGGCAGGAGGGGAUGACACCGAAGGACGACGGGUGAAACGCGUAUGUGCCUUCUAUGAUGAGCGGUAUGGCAAGAACCGGAGCGUAACUGAUAUCGACUGGUCACCGAAAUAUCCCGAACUGAGCGCCGCUGCAUACAACAAGAAUCCAGCGGCCCUUAACGAACCGGAUGGCAUUGUCGCAGUGUGGAAUCUUCACCUCCUUGAACGACCCGAGUUCAUCUUUCACUCGCAGUCUGAUGUGCUUUCGGUCGCCUUCUCACCAUUCCAUCCCAAUCUUCUCUUCGGCGGCACAUAUGCAGGCCAGAUUCUGUUAUGGGACACGAGAGCACGGCAUUUACCCGUCCUGAAGACACCUUUGUCUGCCGCUGGACAUACCCAUCCUGUUUAUGCGCUGACACUAGUUGGUACCCAGAACGCACACAAUCUUGUCACUAGUAGUACCGACGGUACGGUGUGCAGCUGGCUUGUAGACAUGCUUGCCCAGCCGCAAGAGACACUCGAGCUCGUGCAUGCAGGACACAACAAGACAGGAGAAGUUGCGAUCACGUCGCUCGCCUUCCCAGACAACGAGACAAGCACAUUCUGGGUCGGUACUGAAGAAGGCAAUAUUUACCAGGCAAACCGACAUGAUCGCGCGGGUGCCAAAGCCGGACUCAACGCACACGAAAUCUAUCGAGCCCAUUCCGGCCCUAUUCUCGGAGUGCAUUUCCAUCCACUCGCCGGGCCGGUCGAUUUUUCGGACCUGUUCCUGAGCGCCAGCGCCGACUGGACGGUCAAGCUCUGGCGGGCACAGGGCCUCGGGCGGGCAGGAGGAUCAGGGGCGGCUGCGAAGGCGGGGGCCGCGCCACACUCUGUGUCGCCACUGUACUCUUUCGACGAGGCGGAUGACUACGUGUACGGAGUCAGAUGGCACCCGCAGCAUCCUGCUAUGUUUGGCAUUGCAGACGGGGCUGGUAGGUUUGAUCUAUGGAAUCUCAACAUGGACACCGAGGUUCCUGUGGUAUCUACUGCCGUGUGCGCCGGCCGUGCGCUGAACAAGCUUGCUUGGGACCGCAAGGACGGACGGCGUGCUGCUCUGGGCGGGAGCGACGGGCGGGUCUACAUCUAUGAUAUUGGAGAUAUGGGCGUACCACGUGAGACGGAAUGGGCGGACCUCCAGCGGACGCUUGCCGGGAUUUCGGGAGGUGCACAGACGAACGGGACGUCCGACGGGGACAGCCGCGGCAUCGUCGCAGGACGAUGAACCAGCUGUGACGGAAGGCAGUUCGCCUCUAAGAGCGCGUAUUGCCGAUUGCCGGUGAUAGAACAUGGUUGCUCCAGACCUUGCACUGCAAAGGCGUGAGGUCUGGGUGCUGCGGGGAGGUGUAUUCUCGUUCAUGCAUAUGAAGAGGUCGAGCAGUAGUGGACCGACUCUCGGGUUGUAUCUAGAUCUGGGUAUGGAUAAAUUCGGAUUAAUUGAGAGGA